AUGAGUUUGUUCGGCGCACCAAAGCCCGCUGGGCAGACAGGAGGUCUCUUCGGAAACGGUUGGGGCGGCAGCACAAUAGGUUCGUCAGCACAACAGACGCAACAGCAGGGAGGUCAACAGCAACCCGGCGUGAGCCUAUUUGGAGGACAGAACCAGACCCAGGGAAGCGCAUUUGGCAACUCCAUGGCCCAGCCUCAACAGCAGCAGCAGCAGCAGCAGCAGCAGCAGCAACAACAACAACAGCAACAGCAACAACAGCAGCAACAGCAGCAACAACAGAUGCCGAGCCUGUCGCAGUCGCAAGCACAGCUCUCGAGCUCACUCUGGCAACCCGGAAGGGAAACACCUCAGAGCCAAAAGCCGAUUCCCGAACAAAUGUCCCUCAUCUUCGAGAAGUGGAACCCCACGAACCCCAACUGCGCCUUCAAGCACUACUUUUACAACAAAGUCGACGAAGCCUCCGUCCCCUUUUACAAGCCCGGCCCGCACGAAGACCCUAGAGACUGGGAGGAGGCGCUGCAGAAGAAGCCCGCGCCGGGCUACAUUCCGGUCCUCUGCACAGGCUUCUCCGGUGUCGCGGCCCGCCUCCAGACGCAGAAGAAGGUCGUAGGGGAGCUUAACGUGCGCCUCCACCAGAUCAACGCCAGUCUUGACGCCAUCCUCUCGCGGCACGACCUCGAGACGAGUGUGCGUGCCCUUGCGGCCCGUCGCCGUCACGUCGUCCUUCGCGAGCGGUGUCUCGCGCUCGCUGCCCGCGUGCAAGUGCUGCGUAACCGUGGAUACGCUCUUAGCGGCGACGAGGAUGAUUUGCGCCUCAAGCUGGCGGAGCUCGAGCGCAACGUGCAGGAUCCUGCUCUGGCGGCGAGAGAGGAGGAGCUCUGGAGCCGAUUGAUCGUGCUCAGGGAUUAUGCGGAUCAGUUGAUGAAGGAGACGAAUAAGCCUGCUUUUGCGAGUGGCGAGGGAUUGAGCGAGGAGACUGAGCACAAGACGAAGAAGGUCCUGGAAGACUACGAGAAGCAGAUUCAGCACCUCAAGAAGGAAGUCGAGUCCAUUACAAAAGACUUUGCGGACUGGGAGAAGGAGCGGAACCCGAGCUAG